AUGGCGCAAACGACAGCAGUCGUGCCCACGGGUCCUAUUGAGGACGUUCCGAUGGGCCAUGCUACUCACUCCUCCAAAUUGGAAGACCAAGCUGCCGCGGCCGCGCUCUACGUCACCAAACCACAGUCUCAGACAAAUAGCAACAGUGGAAACAGUUUCCUCGACAGCGACAACAAAUUGUCUUCCGCCGGCGCUGCAGCGUCUCUUAAGUAUGCGAAUCCGCAGGAUCUUCCAAGUUACCCUUCCACGGGGCUCAAGAAGAACACUUCUGCAGCCGGUGCUGCCGCCACAAUUGGGUGGAACAAUCAGAAACCAUUCGAGCACUGGAAGCCGGAUCCAUCCGCCCCAGCUGCUGCCGCUGCUCUUUCUGCGAAAGACUACAAGAUGAAGCCUCUAUGGCAGCCAGAACAGAGCGCACACGGCGCAAAGGCCGCGCUUUUAGCACACAAAAAUGACGGAAAAGUUGAGAUUUGGAGACCUGAAGCAACCAGUGCUGGAAGCUCGGCCGCCACGCAAGCUUUUAAGAAAUUCGGAGCAGGCCAAUCAUCACCUCAGAUAGAUUAUGGAUAUACUGCUCUUGGUCGACAAGGCUCCUUGUUGGCUGCAACUGGCGCAAUGUCAACGAGUCGAAAGAGAGCGGACUCAACACCACAGCCACCUUCAAAGCUGGAGACGUACCCCGACGAAGCUAACGCAGUCGCAAAUGCCUUGAGUGCGGCCACUUCAGCUCACAAGAGUAAAAGACGCACUGAUGCUUUGCCACAAGGUGGAUCGGUUCCUUUUACGACCAUGUCAAGAGAAAUGUACACUUCUCACCCACCUGUGGCCCCAGAGGUCAAUGAGAUGAACAGGCAAAACUCACUGCACGCAUCAGCCGUUGCCAUGGCUCAGCAAAUGUACAAGGUUCAAGAAAAGCAAGCGGAGGAUAAAAGGAACUCGCACAGCCACAGCGGAGCUGUUGCUGCUCAUGGCAGAAAGAGCUCAACCUCUACCUCUACAGAUGAAGCGCCGGCGAUGCGAUUCAAUAACUUACAGGAAGCCGCUCAAAAAUUGGCGCAAGAGCGCCUUGCAAAGCUUCAUGACGAACAUGCUCAGAACCGCGAGUAUCGGGAUUACUAUGGUUCCAGCAAACAGCCAUCAUCUAGACUAUCAAUCCGAGGACGAGCUCGUCGCCGCGCUUCUAGCGACGGAGGCCUGGACGAAGAUCGUGAGCAAUCCAACAAGAUUCGCGCCCAGAUGUCUAUAUUCUCAAACAACAUCACUCAAGUGGACGAAAAGAAGCGAAAAGAGGACAGAGAGAAGUUGAUUGCCGCUGCUCAACGUAAUGUUACUAAGCGCUUGCAUGGUAUAGAUGAAAAGGUAUUCGCAGAUACCGGAAAGGUGGCACCCUCGCUUCUCAACGAGUGGGAAAUCAAAGCACACGCAGCCGCCCAGGCAAAGAGUGACAAUCGCAUGGAGAAUCACGGGAAGAUUCAUAUUGGUGGUGGCAAAUUCAUCAACCAAAGUGCUGUCGACCUGGUUGCCUCGAAGAACGUCCAACCGGUUCUAGAUGAAAUCAAUGAAAAGGCAGAGGAGAAGCGACUUCGUGAAGCCGAAUUGAAGGCCGAUGAGGAGAAGGCUAGACUGGAUGCAGCAAAGAAGAAGGAGAAAGAAAGAGAGGAAAAGGAAAUCAAUCGAAAGUUGAAACAACAUGACAAGGAAGAAGAAAAGGCUAGGAAGGCAGAGGAAAAGGCAGCAAGGGAUGAAGAGAAGAGACUUGCGAAGGAGAAAAGAAACUCCCAUAAAGUUGAGGCUGCCGUGGUCAAUGACUCAAAACAAGAUGCCGAUACUGCCAGAGCUUCAGAGGUCGUUGAAAGUCCGGUUGAGCAUGAAGCUACCGAAUCAUCUCCUACCACAGCUGCCGCAUCAGCGCCGCGUCAGCCAUCACCCGCUCCAGUUACUGACCGCCCAGCUGCCAUACGUACUUCCAUGGAAGACCAGGCUAGCUUGCGCAUGCGUGAAAAUGCUGAUGCAGCGAACCCUAAUGACUCAACCCCCCUAUCACCUCAAUCGCCUACCAAGGAUGGCGGUAAGGUCAAGAGCUGGUUGAAGAACAGAUUCUCCCGUGGAUCCAGCAAGGCGCAGAAACCUGCAGACUAUCCAGAAAAGAAGGAGCCGGAAAAGUCUAGUAGCUUCAUUGGUGGUGCGGCAUUGACUGGAGCGAGCACCAAGAAUGCAAGCAAUGUGAGUCUUGGUGCAAGGAGCUCAAGUAUUCGCGAUGUUGCGCUUGCAUCAUCCGCAAGCAAAACCAAAUCCCAGGAAUCUUUAGGCCUAGCCACAGAGUCUGCGAAGGAUAGACCCGCUAGUCGAGGCGAUACCGUCAGCACAGUGAGUACAUUGAGCACCGUUGGUCCCGCCGAUGAACCAGAGGAAGAAGAGGAAGAGUUUCUUGAGGCGAGAGACAAUUUUGACGAAGAUCUGGCACCACCUCCCACUUUCCCAGCACAAAAAAGCAGUAGCCCUGCCAGAUCUACAAAAUUCGUCGAGGAGAUUUAA